AGUGGUGCUCUAGGCUUUCAAUGAAUUAGGAAUCGAUGAUUCGUUGGCUAGAAUAUGCCCAAUAUGCCCUCCUUCUUAGCUGUUCUGAGGAAAACCCCAACUCUAUCCGUAUUUCAGGGACCCUCUUCAUCCGGAAUGGGCGGCAUGGCAAUGUCCCAGCAGCCGCAGCACAAGGCCGCGAAUCAGCCAGGACCUGCAGCGCUGCUUCCACAGCAGCAGCAGCAUCCGCGUCAUCCUUCGCCAGCGACAGUGCCCAGGGUCAUAGCCGAGGCAGCAGCUCUGGCUGGAGCUGGGGCUGGCAUCGACAUUGGCCUGCACGCCCAUGGACAUCUGCCCAGUGCCACGGAAAUGGCCAUCAGACACAUUUACCAGGAGCUCAUGGGCAUGAAUUUCAAUCAGGCCAAUAUACAGCAGCAGCAGCAGCAACACCACCACCAGCAGCAGCAGCAGCACCACCACCAGCAGCAGCAGCAGCAGGCGGCUCUCCAGCAGCAGCAGCAGGCGGCUCUGAAGCAGCAGGCGGCUCUCCUCUCCUACGGCCAAAAGGCCGUAACAGCAACUGGCAUAGUCCCUGACCCACACGACGUAUGUUCUCAAAGCGGUGUUUCUUGCGUAUCGUGCCCGUUUGCGUCGCCAGGUCCACUUCUGGGACAACUAGAGUACGGCCAGGACAUUACACUCCACACCCACAGAUUAGAUGACAUGGAGCGAUCGAGUAUUUGAACUAGUUUUAAAAUAUUUUGUUUGUUUGUUUUGUCGAGUUUGUUGUCGUCUCCGCUG